UGAGAAACAUCAUCACCAACCGAUAAACAGGUGAUAUAUGACCACAUGGCUCCUAAAGUAUUGACGAACACUAACGGAUGGCGCAGAAAUAAUUGCGCUCUCCGUAUUUUCAAAAUUUCUUCUCUCCUUUACACUUGAUCGGACUGAUCUUUUUGCCAACAGCCAGAAUAUUUCGAGAUUUAGCUGGUGCUGUUUCAUUGUGAAUAAUUACUUUGUGGAUACGAAUGAUCAGCAACACCGGCACUAUCGAUUUGUCGAAGCCCUCCGGUCGUCCACGCACAGCACGGACAAAAGCAAACAUUACAAAGGUGAAACAACGAUUAGGUCGGAAAAACCAGUGUGAUCAAGAAAAUUGACUGUCGACAUGGAAAUUUCAAGAAGAAGCGUCCAGCGAAUAUCUUGGGUGUUUUGUCUACCAGAAGAUCAUUGAUCUCCAGAAAAAGAAAGAGCGAAUUUGCAAAUUGGGUGCACAACAAUUUCACAAAUGACGAAAGAAAAAGCUGACUUUUUCCGAUGAAAAAAUGUUUCGAUUUCGAUGACAUGUACAAUGCCCAGAACCAUCGGGUAUGGGCAGCCAACCGUCGGGAAGCUGACAAGAAGGGUGGCAUCAAAAUGAAAAACAAAUUUCCAACAAAAGUGACGGUUUGGCCAGGUGCAUGUAGCGAAGGCCUAACAAUACAUGAGGAACAUAAGGAAAAGAUACAUACAAGAAAUUCUUCAGGUGGAUCGCAAAUGCAGGAACAAGAAUUUAGGCAGUAGUUGGAGGUAUCAAUAGGAUAGAGCCCCGGCUCACAAAGAUGGUUUGAGUCAACAAUGGCGUGCCGACAAUUUGUCUCCAUCUAUACCAACAGACCGGUGGGCACCGAAUUCGCCGGAUUUGAACCCGUUAGACUAUAGUAUUUGGAAUGAAUUGGUUCAGGCUAUGAACUACGAACAUGUCACGACAAAAGCCACAUUAAUUGAAGAAUUGAAACGUGCGGUGAAAAAAGUAAGAAAGCAAACAUUUUACAUUCUGUACUUGGUUUCACCGUACGAUUACGGUGCAUUCAAAAAAAUGGAGGAGAUUAUAUUCCUUAAAUAAAGUACAUUAUUUUGUAGUAUUUAAAAAUAUUUUAAUAAAAUAAUGAUUUUCCCAUAUUCAGAAAUAUUAUUUUGUAGAGAAUUGAACGGCGGAUUUUUUUGGCAAAAAGAUCAGUCUGACCGAGUAGUGUAAGGGAGAGAAGAAAUUUUGAAAAUACGGAGAGCGCAAUUAUUUCUGCGCCAUCCGUUAGUGUUCGUCAAUACUUUAGGAGCCAUGUGGUCAUAUAUCACCUGUUUAUCGGUUGGUGAUGAUGUUUCUCA